AUGACCCAGCUGCCGGGAAAUGUCUGCCUGGGGCCGAUAGAUUUGGACCGCGAGUCGAUCCUGAAUGUUGCGGAGUUCGUCCGCAUGCUCUCGUCUGUGGGAACAGGCGAAGAGCUCUCCAUGCUUCUUGACGUUUUCGGCUCGCUGGUGAUGAUGCAAACCACGUUCACAGUGGCAGAGCGUGCCACCAUGGUAUCUCUCUUCGUCGAUCUUCUUUCCAGCGGGAUCGGGGUCUACCCAGUCUCCCUGGUUGUAGAGCUUCUAAAGGCCAUUUCAACGCUGUGCUCAGCAGAGCCUCCCCUUCCGAUCUCCGUUCCAUGGAGGGUCACCUUUGAUUGCGUGGACACCUACGCUUUUUCUACGCGUGCGGUUGGCGACAUCGGGAGCCUUUCCAAGGAGUUUUUCAACAAUGCUGCACAAGAUCUUAUGUGCAUAGGCGCCUACUACGACCCAGAAGACUAUGAGCAGAUAUAUGCACUUGUGCAUGGGUAUCUAAAAGACACCUCCACACCCACCAACUUGUUCAAGUACCUCGCCCUGACCAGAUGCUGGCUGCCUGUUCUUCCAUCUGCUCACCUUCGUGCUAAGUAUGUGAAGGCACACUGCCAGCAGAAAUCAGAGACGGAUUUUCGUUCUAGUAUUGUGGAGAAGGCUCAGUUUCUGCUGCCAGGGACAUUUGUAGACUCAUCGGUAGCUGAUUUACUCUCUGUAGAUCUCUCCUUCCAUAGAUCUACAGAGCAGCUUCACACCAGCUGUCUCCGGGACCUUGAGGACCUCCUCCACUUGUCACUGGGCAAGGAAGUUGGCUACUCCAUACUUUACUCAAUAUACCGCUUGCUCGUGGACUGUCCCUAUCUGGACAUCAGUGAAAGUUCAUCCUCCAUUCUACUCAGCUUCCAGACCACCCCAGUCGAGACCUCCUCACAGUUCAGUAAGUCGUGCUCUUACUUCACAUCUGAAGGAAGGAAGGGCGUUCUGUCCUCUCUCUCCUUACCAGACUGGUUUGAGUUCUGGCCAGCAGGUAUGAGCGAGGCUGUUCUUACUAUCAGCCAGGCAUCCGUCUGGCGCCCGUCCCUUCUGUGGUGUCUGGUUCAGGCAGGGGCGUGCCGUAGUCGUUAUCUUUAUCUCCAGGGCAUGCUGCCAAAUACCACCCCCUCACCACCCAACGAACUCACAAAAGAGUAUGUGGACCUUUCCCCGGCAAUCUCUAUGCUCCGCUACAUCGUAAAUGCGUGCUUUGUUGGUGACUUGCCUAAAUGCUCUGUCAUCAAGGACGUCAGUAUGCUCCUCACCGACCUUUCCUCCGCGCGGGUUCUUCCAGAUGAAAAGCAUCAGCAGGACCUCCAGGCUCGCAUCGUACACUUUGUUAAGGGGCCCCUUGCGCACGUACUCUAUCUCCCCGUUACUUCUGCAAGUCUGAAGGCCAUUACACCCCUGGGAUCCUCGUUGGCCAAGACCCUGCUCCUGCAGCUCUACAUUGACGGUGCUUCCCCGGAUACUGUGGAUCUAUUUCAAGACGCACUUAUCAAAGCAGUUAACCUCUUUUCUGCUGACACUUGGCCCAUGAUUACGCAAAUGGCUUAUGAACUGGCACACAUCGACGCGACGAAGAAGCACCAUAAGUAUGGACUAUCAUCCCUAUUAUUUAUUGUUUCAGAUCAGCUUCUGGAUCGUUGGUUUAUCUCCUCUGAUACGACAGGCCUUACACUUCCAGAAGCCUUAGCUAUGUGUCUGCCUUAUUUGACCCUUCAGCACGUCGUGCAGUCGAAGGCCUGUUUGCUCUUCUUGGAAUCUGUUUCCCUCAGCUUACCGGUUCUUACUGCAAAGGACCUAUGUCAGAAAGUAGGUUGCUACACCAGCUCCAAGUACGACACACUAAAGGAUCUUCUGUUCGCAGUCCUGGACUCUUUAUUGGCCUUUCUUUUAGAUGCUUCCGUAGAAACCCUUGCAAGCUGCGAUGCAGAUCCUCUGUCGGCUGUUCGCUCUCCACAAACGGAGAGAGUCAAAUCGCCCACUAACCAUGGUGAGUAUGGCGUAGCUUUUUCCUCUAAAAACACCACGCGCAUUUUCUCUCCUUCCUUCGGGACAGUGACCGGGACAAAUAAGUUUGCGCCCCACCUUGCUACGGCGGAGAAGGUUAUCGUCAGUAUACUUGCCGCUUUAGAUACUAGCACGACUUGUGAGAUCUUUAGCAAGCAACUGCUUCCAUUUUUGUUUGACAAGGUCAUUCCAAGACGCGUAGCUUCUUUCCGCUCCUUUUUAUCUGCGUGCAUAGCAGGCCUGGAGAGUAGAUGUAAUCACUCUGCAGAUGAAGCGAAAAUGGUGCACCUUGUCUUGGAUACGCUAUACGAUGGCUUGGAUGAACACAUCCGUGCUUGGCUAGAGAAAUCUGAUACCACCAAGUCGCCCACUGUCGCUUUGAUAUGCUUGCAAGCAGUCAUUUCAGUAGAUCACUUGUUGCUUUCUCCAGCUGGUGAGACUCGUCUGAAUACGCUUGGAUCACGCAUACUUGAAUACUUCUGUGCAGAAGAGUACCGGAGCUAUUGUGAGGCCAGCGAGAAGAUUGCUUUAUUGCAGAAGAACAAGACGGCAGAUCCAUUUCCAUCGUGUCCAGACCAGGACGAUGAGUUGGAACCAGCUAAAAAGAAGUUCACAUACAUUGUCUGCUUGGCCCAUGCGCUCUCCACCCCAUGCGUGACUGCAUUCCCUUCUUCGUGGACCCCCUGCCUCGACGGUGAUAUUCGCGAGGUCGCAUGGAGCGUUCCCACAGAUGCUUCCAUAGAACUUUAUCAAAGUAUUAUCAGCGUCGUUUCUGAAGCACUCAGUAUUUGCACCAAUAUCACAACUAGUACAGAUAUCUCUUACGCGCUACUCUCGCUCCUGACUCCUCACGUACAAGGUAACAGAAUAUCUGCCCCAGCCAAUGUACCGAUAGACUCGUAUAAGUUCCAAACACUUUUGGAUUGCCUGGAUAUUAGACAAACGAUGAUCUCUCCAUCUACCAGGACACUUAUCCCUCCUGCCGAGAAGUUGGUAACUAUCGACUUCACAGACGAAACCCCAGGUACUCUUUUAUCAGAUGAGCCUAGAUUCCCACUCUUCUAUACCUUUUCUGGUUGCGGAGGUGGAAUGAUGCAAGAGAGCAUGCGUCUCCUUUCAGAGCCAUCUUGCAAACCGGGGGCUGUUCGAGCUCUUUUCGCCCCGUCGCCUCAACUGGCCAACAAGCGCCGACCAAUUCCCGUUACAUCCCAUAAGAUUCAGGUUGACUCAGAACUAGUUUUUACAACACUGCGUAAGAUUGCCAAUCAUUUGCUAAAGGAGGGCCUUUUUGUUGGCAAAGAGGCCCAGGACUUUUUAGCGGUAUUGGCGUCUGCUGGCAUUGAGACAAAGACUACCGCCUUUGGCAAGUUCUUCACAUCCUUAUUCUCUGCUAUCCCGCCCAAAAGGCCUCGAUCUAAGACUCAGCGCACGCAACUAGAGCUCAACAUAGUAGCGCAGAUGAUCUACUACUAUCGGCUACUAUUUAAGUCUACCACCGUGCAGCAGACUACACAGCCGUCUGCGCUCCAGUUCAUCCCUUUAGUUUUGGAUACGUAUAUCUUUGGCUCCACCGAGACACGGGUCAAUUGCCUCUCCAUCAUGACCAGCCUGGCGUCGGUUGCUCCGGCCCAUUAUGGAGCCGUUCACACGCUUAUUUGCGACGUUUUUGCAGGUCUUCUUCGGAAACCUCUUGGAGGAGAGGCUGUGUUGGAGACACUUGCUAAGUACUUUACAGAUACUUUCGGAAGCGAAUGUGCCGAUGGAGCUGCCGCUAUCCUUAGACGCGAGGCGCUUGCCUUCAAUCCUAUCGCCGCGAGGAAGUUUAUCGAGCAGUUGAGCGCGUAUUUCGACAAGGAGCUCCCAGUGCAGCUCAUAGCUCUUAAUAUAGUGGGAGGUAUUUCAACAGAGAUACUCUUUGAAAAGUACUUGACCAUAUAUGUGCUUCUUGGGGACCACGACCACGAAGGCAUGGACAAAUUCUUUUCAUUUGUUAACGCAUACAACAAUUCACUCAUGACUGUCUCGGCCACAUCGUUUGCUGAGGCUGUGCGUGCGUCUGUCCUGCAGGAGAAAGGGACCAAGAAAGACUCAGACUUCCGGCGGGUCAUCCCCAUCGACGGUCCUGUGUGCUUGGAUGUACAGAGAUGGAUGCCAGUGUGUGUGUCAGGCUCUGAAUUCUCGGUGGAAGGUGCUUACAAUAAUAUCACAGCAAUGGCCGCGACUGUCCACAAAACCAUUGACACCAUUUGUAAAAGCAGCGACUCUGUCAACUGGCACUCUCUCUGCUUCAUACUCGUGUACUAUAUUAAGCGCUUUGCGAUGCUCCCAAUUCUUGUUGGAGUCCUUCGACAGCUGUGUUCUGCCCUAACCGAGAAUCAUUUAGUUUUUGUAGACAUUUAUCUAAUAUUUUACACAUCAGUCUUGUUGGCAUACUCGUAUAAGGAGCACGGGACCAUGCAGCAUCCACUGACUUCGCGCGCCAUGCCUGUGACUGCUUAUUCGGACGCGUCCUUGCCUUUAGUUGAGCGCAUUUCACCGAUUAGCGAGCUGAAAGCGUUCCUGAAUGAACAGGAGAUAAUUCCCUAUCUACAAGAGCUUAUCAGGUCCACGCUUCUUGUCUGUCAUGAAUGGUGUGAGCAGAAUGACGCUGCGUCCAAGUGUGCGAUUGGGCAGCAGGAGAACACCAUCAUGUGGAGACAAAUGUUUAUAAUCGGCGGGCUUGGCGUCGUCAAGACCACCUUGGCAUUGCUAAUAGAGAUGGUUGCGAGGGACUCUGCCGGUUCGUCGUCUGCUCAGCUCAAGGUAUACGAACAUCAAAUGUUGUGCAACAUAGUCUGGCGUGUCUUCGAGUCACUUCCCUAUAUACGCUCAUUAUCGCCGAGCAUUUACACAAUCAAAAUACACCAAGUUAUGCGAAGAUUAAUUGAUCUUGUAGUGUCAGUCCAAGAACGAUCCAGUUUUUCAGACAUAAAGAUGUAUUGGCGUGGAUUACUGACCAGGACAAUGAGUAACGGAAAUACCGAAGAGGCGCGUGUUUUCAUAGAGGAAGAGCUGAAGUGGUUUGUGAAGUAUAUUUCUGAUCACACGUAUAGAGGGAGUGGCAAAGCAGCCUCACGAUUAGUGGUGCUUGAGGGCCUGAUCAAUGGCAUAUUUAUCUAUGAUGCUCCGAUGGCGGAGGAUGUCUCGUUAAGAGUGCUUGGAGCAUUAGACAAGACCUCGCCCCAAGCGCUAAGUUUUUCUAGAUUAGUGGUGCCACAUAUAGCCAAGAUACUUGCUUUCUGCGUAGUAGCCGUACACAGAGACCUGCUGGCUUUAUCUAAGACUAGUGCAAGCUUCUGCGGACUACUUAGGGGUUCGAACGAAGGCCACGCCUGUAGUUCUUCCGAGGAAAAAGGUCUCAGGUGUGUGGAAAGUCUAUUCUCACGUCUCAAGGCUGCCAUAGCUAAAUGGAUUGAUACGGACCCCAAUUCCAGGUCUGAACAGACGCUAGAUGACAUCGAGUGCUACCACGAGGCAGCGCUGCUUGUGACCAUUGUCCACAGUGUCUCUUCCUUGCGGGGUCCUACGUCUAUCAUCGACAAAUACGAACUUCUGGAGACUAUUAUCCACCUGAAGGGGAUCGACGUGUGUUCUAAUGAACUCGGAGACCAGCUAAACGCUAUAGUUAAAACGUAUGUCGACACUUUGAUAAACCCGUCAUCGCAGACCUGCGAAACUUUCAUUAGGAUUCUCAGUACAGGGACUUUAGGUCCGCGGGAGUACGCAUUCUGCCUUGGAAACUUCUCGCGUCUGGUUACUAAGUAUCUACUGACGAGCGAUCACUUAGUUUCUCACACAACCGUGAGAUCUGAGCUCAUUGAAAAAUACUUCCGCAUACCCUUUUUCACGGCGAUGGGCAAGCACAAUGUCAUCAAAGAGCAGGGUCUCUCCGCCUUUAUUAACAUAGCCAGCGCAAUGAGCAGGGAUGUACUCAGGGAGACGUACGACAUCCUUCUCCAGCUAUUCAAGCAGAAGGACUCGAGGCAGUGCAACGGGGUGCUCUCUAUUAUGAUCCUGUUUGCUAAGAUUUUGCUGCUCGAUAUGAGCUCUGAGUUGCCGAGACACUUGCUGAAUUUGAAACGCCUAACCACAUCCAAGCAGCCUGUAGUGCGACAAAACGCUACUCAGUUCUAUGAAGCAUUUUGGCGGAAGUAUACUUAUUAUGAAAGCGUUAUAGAGCUAGUAUUUCCAGAGGAAGGCGACUUUGAAGCGCUAAAGGAGACCAAGAAGGCCGUUAGUUAUGUAAACUAG